AUGGCCGAUUCAGCUUCAGCGCACCUUGCUUCACACAUGGCCAAGCUAAACCCAUUCUCCAAGAAGACUGGCAAAGUCGACAAUGAGGACGCCGGCGAAGUCAUUGAUGCCUCGACGGUUGCUGGCGGCGGUCAUGGCUCCCGCGAAACAAACAUCACCAAGCAUCAACUCCGAGUCAGCCAUGCUCUCAGGGCGUUCCUGGUCAAGCACCAUGUUCUCUCAGAGGAAGAGGCCGCUCUAGACAACCCAGACACAGUGACCGAGUCACUGCACGCCCUCCUCAACAAGCCGCAUAUUGACGUCCCGUCGUACAUAACAGAUCGGUCUCGUCCGUUGUCCGAAUACUUCAUCAGUUCGAGUCACAACACCUACUUGGUGGCUCACCAGCUUUACGGCAAUUCUUCUGCCGAUGCCUACAGGACUGCUCUUAGAACGGGAUCGCGCUGCGUGGAGAUUGAUGCGUGGGACGAUGAGGAAAACAAGGACGAACCAAAGGUCACGCAUGGCUACACGCUUGUCUCUAAUAUCUCAUUCCGCGCCGUAUGUGAAACGAUUCGUGAUGUCAUGGACGAGGAAGCCCGUCAGGCGCCAUCUCAUCCAGACUGCAGAGCAUCUCCAAUCCUCCUAUCUUUGGAGAACCAUUGCGACGCACAUGGUCAACGGCGUCUCGUCGAGAUUAUGAAAGAGGUAUGGGGCGACCGACUGCUGAGCAAGGCUGUCAGGCAGAAAGGGCACGAGGAGCAGCAAGGCUCUGACGACCAAGUGACACUCGAAGAGCUUGGGUCAAAAAUAGUCGUCAUUGUCGAAUACCACUUUCCCAACGAACCCAAAAGCGAAGAGGAGAGCUCCAACUCGGACGACGAGGAUGAAGAAACGAGACAGGCGAAGAAGGCUUACAACGACAAGAAGAAGGCUGCACCUACCAUCAUCAUCCCUGAGCUGGCAGAGUUAGGUGUGUACGCUCAAUCAGUGAAACCGCGCGACAAUUCUUGGUAUGGUGAAGCCGGACUCAAGGACGGACCUCAUCAUCACCUCAUCAAUGUCUCCGAGAGUGGUCUAAAGGACCAUAUGCCCGCCGAGAACGACAAAAUUGCUUGCCACAACGCCCGACAUCUAAUGCGGGUGUAUCCCAAAGGGACGCGGAUCUCGUCCCGAAACCUCAAGCCGGUGCAGUUCUGGGGUAUCGGAGCGCAAGUGUGUGCCCUCAACUGGCAGACAUUCGGGGCUAGCAUACAGCUGAAUGAAGCACUAUUCAGCGGCACAGAUGGAUAUGUUUUGAAGCCAGCGGCUUUGCGGGCCGGCGGAUCUGGCCGACUCAACACCGGGAAGAGGAAGAUGCUCCGCCUGCAUGUUGCAGGAGCCACAGAUAUACCCGUACCAGAAGGGCGAGAACCUGGCGAGAUCAAGCCAUACUUGACCUGCAAGCUCUACCACCCUGACAUCGAUGAGGAUGACGCGCCAAAGCGCAAGACGGCACAUUACAGGCAACACAAACUCGGGCUGCUGCAUAGAGGUGAGAAUCCUCCGCCCACAGAUCCUAUCUGGGACGAGACACUGCUAUGGGACUAUGACGACAACGAGCUAGUGUUCCUCCGCAUGCUCAUCAAGAGCGAUGACAGUUUUGCCAUCAACCCCAUCUUUGCUGUGGCUGCGGUGAGGUUGCUGUACGUAGCUCCAGGCUGGAAUUUUAUCCGCAUGCUGGACUUGAAGGGAAGGGAGACCAGAUGCUCGAUUCUUGUCAAAUUCGAGAUCGUGGAUGAGAUGUGA